CUUGUUGAGCGGCUGAAGCGCGAGUGUUUCUUCCGGCUUCGCGGCGCGGAAUCUCAGGUGUUUUGAUGAAGUGUCAUGGAGGCUGUUAGCCGCCGCCGCUGCUGACGGUUUACUUACUGUCUAAAUCCUGCUUUUAAUCACUCGAUCUCACUGUCAGCUCCUCUGGUGUAAAGGUUGACAGCCAGCAGAAUCAUGGAGUCCAUGCUCAAUAAACUAAAGAGCACCGUCACCAAGGUGACAGCUGAUGUGACCAGUGCUGUCAUGGGCAACCCUGUCACGCGGGAGUUUGAGGUGGGCCGACAUAUCGCCAGCGGGGGUCCAGGAAUGAGCUGGAGGAUCUACAACGGCACCAAAAAAUCCACCAAACAGGAAGUGGCAGUCUUUGUGUUCGAUAAGAAGAUCAUUGAUCGCUAUCAGAAGUUUGAGAAGGAUCAGAUCAUUGAUUCACUGAAGAAAGGAGUUCAACAGCUGACGCGGUUACGACAUCCGCGCCUCCUCACGGUUCAGCACCCACUGGAGGAGUCCAGAGACUGUCUGGCAUUCUGCACAGAGCCUGUGUUUGCCAGUCUAGCGAAUGUGCUCGGCCAGUGGGACAACCUCCCUAGUCCUGUUCCCACAGACAUCAAAGAAUACAAACUCUACGACGUUGAGACCAAAUACGGCUUACUGCAGGUCUCAGAGGGUUUGUCGUUCCUCCACAGCGGGGUUAAAAUGGUUCAUGGUAACUUGUCUUCAGAGAACAUCAUCUUGAAUAAGAGCGGAGCCUGGAAGAUAAUGGGCUUUGACUUCAGUAUCUCCUCUAGUAACCCGUCUGAUGCUGAGCCCAAGUAUGUUUGUAAAGAGUGGGACCCCAAUCUGCCGCCUCUUUGCCUUCCGAACCCUGAAUAUGUCGCUCCUGAGUACAUCCUGUCCGUCAGCUGUGACGCAGCCUCUGAUAUGUACUCACUGGGCGUAUUGAUCCACGCCGUGUUUAAUGAAGGCAAGCCUGUCUUUCAGGUCAACAAGCAGGACAUAUUUAAGAGCUUCAGCCGACAACUGGACCAGCUGAGCCAUCUGAGUCCAGGAUUAUUGAGUCAGGUCCCAGAGGAGGUCAGGGAACAUGUGAAGAUGUUGCUCAGUGUCACCUCAAACGUGCGUCCAGAUGCAGAUCAGAUGACAAAGAUUCCCUUCUUCGAUGAUUUUGGAGCGAUGACCCUUCAGUACUUUGACUCGCUUUUCCAACGGGACAACUUACAGAAGUCUCAGUUCUACAAAGGUCUCCCCAAAGUUCUGCCCAAGUUACCCAAGAGAGUGGUAGUAUACAGAAUCCUCCCGGCGCUCAUGUCUGAGUUUGUGAAUCCUGACAUGGUUCCGUUCGUUCUUCCAAAUGUGCUGCUCAUCGCUGAGGAGUGCACAAAGGAGGAAUACGUCCGCCUCGUUCUCCCAGACCACCCAGUUUUCAAACAGCAGGAGCCAGUACAGAUCCUGCUGAUAUUUCUACAAAAGAUGGACCUACUUUUGACCAAAACGCCUCCUGAAGACAUCAAGAACAGCGUUCUGCCCAUGGUGUACAGAGCGGUGGAGGCCCCCUCUAUUCAAAUACAGGAACUUUGUCUAAAUAUCAUUCCCACGUUUGCCAAUCUAAUUGAGUACCCAUCCAUGAAGAAUGCACUUAUUCCUCGUAUCAAAUCUGCUUGUUUACAGACAUCCUCACUAGCGGUGAGGGUGAACUCUUUGGUGUGCCUAGGCAAGAUUCUGGAAUACCUGGAUAAAUGGUUCGUCAUAGAUGAAAUUCUACCAUUCCUGCAACAAAUUCCAUCCAAGGAACCAGCUGUGCUCAUGGGCAUUCUGGGUAUUUACAAGUGCACUUUCACCCAUAAGAAACUGGGCAUCCCAAAAGAGCACCUGGCUGGAAAGAGUUUACCUCAUCUGGUCUCACUUAGUAUUGAUAACAACCUUAACCUUAACCAGUUUAACUCUUUCAUGGCUGUGAUCAGGGAAAUGAUGAAUCGCAUGGAGGUGGAGCAUAAGACCAAAUUAGAGCAGUUGCACAUCAUGCAGGAGCAGCAAAGGAGUUUAAACAUAAACCAGAUGAACCAAUCAGAGGAGACUAAGAACACACCCAGCCCAGCCACACAAGUCAGAGAUAUCGAUGAGAUGUUUGGUGGCAGUUCAGGAAGUGCAGGUGUGAAUGGUAAAGAGAACGGUUCCUCGUCAACCGUUUCACAACCCUCACGAGUGUCUCUCACCCUGGAAGAAAAGCAGCGUUUGGCUAAAGAACAGGAACAGGCUGCCAAACUAAGAAGCCAGCAGCCACUGGCUCCACAGAGUGUCAAACCAGCCACAACAACACCUCAGGCAAAGGAUCUGACCAGCAGUCUUCUGAACAGCAUGACAUCUCUGAACAACUUCUCUUUGAACUCUGGGACCAGGACGAUGCCCAUACAGGGCGGCACUAUAUCCUCUACCUUCCCAGCUGUACCCACCAUGGGUGGAAUGGGCACCAUGGGCGUCAGCAAUGGUUUCAACUCGCCCAUGGGAUUCCAGACGGGAGGUAUGGGAAUGGGCAUGAGACCCGCUGCUCCAGGCCUCUACGGAGGCUUGGCCACCACUACCAGCGCUCCAAAUUUCGGUGCCCUCACCCAGAACCAAAACCAACCCAGCAAGCCCGCAGACAUGUCCGCCCUAGACUCCCUCUUCUCUUCUAGCAAACCCAAAGUCAGCAUGAACCAAAUGACCCCUAAACCGGCCCCAGGAGCCACUGCACCUUCCCCGUGGCUCAAUCAGUUUGGUACAGGCCAACCUUCCCAGACUGCACCCAUGCAGGCGACUCCGAUGAGGAUGACGGGAGUUCAGGGUGGUUUUGGAAUGCAAGCAAACCCGUUCUUCAACCCUCAGAACUUCUCGCAACCUGUGGCCUCUUCAACAGUGAACGCUGGGGUGAUGAAGCAAAGCGCUUCAGUCAACAAUGAUCUUAAGGACCUCUUCGGAUAAAACAUUUGCCUUUCGUUCGCGUUCCCCCUUUUGUGGGAAUCAAAACGAAACAACAUCAGCAGCGACGAUGACAGUCAAAAUUUGGUUGGAUGGUUGGACAUGGAAGACAUCUUUGGAAGACAGCGUUUAAAAGUUAUUCUGGUUUGUUUUGACUUUUUUUUUUGCCCUUUCAAUGGUGUGCUUAUCUUCUUGAGUGAAUCGACGGCACCAAACAAACAUCAUGUUUCACAGAAAGCUUGGGCUCUUCCACCGAAAGCUGCUUCAAUCGGUGGAUGCCUUGCAUUCGUUGUAUCGUUGGACUUGACAAACUCAAGCACAUUUGGUUUCAUCUCCUUUUUGCUUGAGCCUCAUGUUCACCUCUGACUUCCUCUACCAGAGCAAACGUCAUCGAUGGCCUUCAGGAUUUGCUGUUUUGCUGAUGGUGUCUGGCAAAAGGAAGUCUCGAUCAUGCGAUAAGAAAGGAAGAGGUGGCACAGUCCAUAGUUUGGGCCGGAAUGAGUGUUUUUAUAUUUGUGUGUAUAUAAUGUAUCUGGUGAUUGUUUGAGUUUCAUACUGAUACAUGAUCCACUGAGGUAAAAUAUCUUAAAGGAAGGACACCGUCUUCAUACUGUAGGUGCACUAAAUGUAAUAGAGCUAAAAAAUAUAUAUUAAAAAAUGUAGGUUCUGAGAUGUUGUUGGGAUAUUGUCAGUACUUUAAAGUGAGUUUGUGUAAAACAGAAUCCAUGGGCUUCAUUCAUGAAACACCUAGCAGGUUUCUUUCUUUCUUUUUUUUUUUUUUUGUGAAUUUCUUGUUUGUUAAACUCUCUCUCGGAAAAAGGGUCAUAUUUUAAAAGACAAAGUCAAAUGUGCUUAAUUAUAAAUAAAUAUGCAUUACUGUAAUAUAAUAAUAAAGAUUUAGCUCUAUACCUAACUUCGUAUACUAAUUUGCGCAUUUAGGUUUGGGGAUAAAAUGCGUUUCCUAUAGUUAUUUGGAUAAAUUGCAGCUAUAAAUGGUAAAUUGUAGCAUAUUGUGUACAACCAAGUUGUAACAGAAGUAUGUGUUUCAUGAAUGAAGCCUGAUACAUUUGUUUCCCUUUCGGUUCUCUGUUGUUAUUUCCUACCCUGUGUUUGUUAAAUCUGUAUUAUCUUGUAAUGUUGUGUUUCUUGGGGAAGUUACGGAUCAUUACAUUAGGUCCACUUUUUUUUUUGUUUGUCUGUUGUCAUCAUAUGGGCAGUUUCCUGUUGUAGGAAGUGACCAAUUGAAUUCCUUAUCAUGCGAUUCCAUAUCAUGACCAAACACCGCUGCAACACAGCAAAUCACCAAAAUGUGUAUUAUUUCUGGAAAAAACAUGAAUGAAGUGUACAGUAAAUGUGAACUGCCACUUAAGGGUUUUUUUUUGUUUUUGUUUUUUUAAUACUGUUGCAAGUGAAUGACGUUCCUGAGGAGAAUCUUUAUUAACCAGACAGGUUUUAUUCAAAGGGAAUGUUUUUCCUGGUCUUAUGAAUGAGAGGCCUUAUGUUGAGAGUUGUGCAAUAACAGGUAUGUGAUGGAGAUUGUGAAAAAACUUUCUGUAUGAGUGUUUCACUACAUGCAGUUUUCAAAUAGUCUCGAUUAAUGUAGAUAAAACAUCUGGAUUGUUUUGAUUUAAAAAAAAAAUGUGAACUGGAUGGUUGGAAAGAUGGUGAUUUUGGAAUCAAAUAAAUUGAUUAUUUAAAGGGUA